AUGUCUCAUCUUACCUAUACCUCUUACGAAGGCUACGGCGAAAGAGUCAAGAAAAGCCUCUGGUAUAGUCAAGCUGUCCGCAUCGGUGACAUCAUUGAAUGCUCGGGGCAAGGUGGCUGGGACCGCGACACCGAUAAGAUCGACCCCAACAUUGUUACACAGAUCGAAAAAGCGUUCGAUAAUGUCGACAGGACUCUUAAACUAGCCGGAAGCCGCGGCUGGGAAGACGUCUUUUUCCUGCGAUCCCACCACCUCCCCUGCAACCAAGAGGCUCUGGAUACUAUGGUUCGCUGUUUGAAAAAAUACUGCCCUAACCACCAACCCGCUUGGACCUGUCUCGGAGUUCCUCGUCUGGCUUUUGACGAUAUGCGAGUCGAGAUCGAGGUCCGCGCUCACGUUCAGAGAGAGUGA